GUGGCCACCCGCAAGACGAAGCGCACGUUCAUCAAGUGCGCGGCCGCCUGCACGCCCAUUACGCGCACGCGUGCGCUGGCUCCGUUAUCAACGUGGCCAGGCGCGGCGACGUGUUGAUGACCGGCGGCGCGGUCACCAGCGUUGCGGGGUGGCGAAUGUGCAGCCUCGCCGACGGCGGGGCUGUCGAAACAGACGGCUUCGAGCACGUGCCGCUGCACCAGUUGUGGCCGAGCGGGCCGCCCCCCGCGCCGUCGCCCGCGCCCUACCAGAUCUUCGUGCAGUUGCUGACUGGGGGGGCGGUAGCGCUGGACGCUGUGCCGACCGAUGCCAUCUGCAGCUUCAAGCAGCAGAUCCACGCGAUCGAGGAAGGGCUCGCGAACACCGCCGCCGCGGGCGGCAUAGGCGGAAUCGCUCGUCCAGCCGCGCUUUCGCUGACCGAGCUGGGGCUGCUCCCAGGCAUCCCAGCAGACCAGCAGCGCCUCAUCUACCAAGGGAAGCAGCUGAUGAACGAUGCCACGCUCGCAGACUGCAGCGUCCUGGCGGGCUCCACGCUGUGCGUCGUGGGAGCCCUGCGCGGAGGCGGGAAGAAGGCCGCCGUCCCGACUCCACCCUUCGACGCUUCCAGCGAGCCGCCUUUCGAUUGCAUCUUCCCCGACUGCUGCACCGCGCGGUCCACCUCCCUCGGCUUGAUGAAGCACAUUCACACAGACCACAAAGGAGUUCUUCAAACCAGCUUCGAAGGAACAUUCUUCUUGGAUGAAGUGCGACGGCAGCAGAAGGCGGCGAACAUUGCUCAUAGGUCCAGUGGUGACGCCGCCGCUGCGGCCGCAGGCGCACCGCGCCCUCCUUUCUCCGAGUCCGACGCUCCGCCGUUCCAGUGUUUUUACUUUGGCUGCACCGCCCUGCGAGACUCCUUCCUGUACCUCAUGAAGCACCGGCAGAAGGAUCACCAUGCGAGCGUGUCGGGCUUUGAGGGAACGUUCUUCUGCGCUCAGCACAGGCUGCAGAAGAACGCAGAGAACGCUUCGAGGAGGGGCGUGCCGAAGAAAGCGGCGUCCGCGUCGCGCGCUGCGAACGCGGCUGCCUCAGCGCCAGCCGACGCGGGCGCGGAUGCCGACGCGGAGGCGACUCCGCCCCCGCCCCCGCCGCCCUUCGACGAGAACAGCAAGCCGCCGUGCCCGUGCUGGCUCCCCGACUGCGUCUGUCAACGCAACACGUACGAGGGCUUCAUGGACCACCUCCGCGACAACCACGGCAUGGUCACGUCUGAUUUCAACGGGACCUCCUUCGGCACGGCAGCGAGGGCGGAGAGAUCGCAGGAGAACCGCAAGCGAAGGGUUGCGGCCGCUGCGAAGAGCUCCAGCUCUGCUUUGCAGCAGGCGGCCGAGCCCCAGGCCGCAGACGCACCGCCGACGCCAGCUGCCCCACGACAGAUCUUCACCAAAAUCAUAGAACCGAUCUGGGCCAACGACCAGGCCGACGGCACGAAGACCAUGGAGUCCACGAGUGGCAAGGGCUUGUUCAAUCGGAUUCGGCCGAAUGACUUGGUCAUCCUCGUCGAGCAAGGCAGCGGCACUACGGUGAGCGCCAUGAUCGAGGCCGAGUCGCUUGCUGUACGUGACGUAACAGAUCGCGAGGUUCUGCGGCCCAUGGCGUUGCCCGCUCGCUGGGGCCAGCUCGAGAAUUACCUGGACAGGUGCAAGAGAACGCCGAGGACGUUCGACUACAUCCAGGAGGGCCGCGCCUGGGACCACCGCGGCCUGCGCACUACAGCGGCCGACCUCGUGCGCCCCAUCGGCGCAGGGGAACUGAAGGGCGGUUGGGCCCAGGGGCUCGAGCUCAUCUCCAGCGACGCCAGCGUCUACGAGCGCCUCAUGGAAUGCAUCCAGCGCUGCACGUGCCACGACCACCAGACAGGCUCCAGCAGCAGCGGCGCUGCCGUCCGCAGCCUCUGGCGCGCCACUGCGAGCGGGCGCGCCCCCUGCGCCGCCGCCCUCGUCAGCAGCAGCAUCACCUUCGGCCCGCGACGUUCGCUCUGCCGCGCCACGCGGAAGCGGCGGCAGCAGCGCCCCGCGGUGCAGCGCCUCCGCGCGACCAUGACGCGAGCGCAGAAGGCGAUGUCUUACAAGCUACUGUCCUCGCUCGAGAAACGAGCGUCUGAGAUGUUGGAGAGCGGCAACAUUCCUGAUGACUUUCCCAUGAUUAUGAAGCGCGCGCAGGACCUUCGCAGCCAGCUUGCGCUCGAGGUGAAGCGCGCCCCAGCAGACUCUGCCGCAGCGCCCCAGCAGCCGCCGCAGAGCGCGCAGCAGCAGGACGUCCCACUCCAGGAAAUACGGAAGGUCGCGAGAGGCGGCGAAUCUGCCCCUGUGCCCAGGGUUCAGGUUGCAAAGCGCGCCCUGGAGUUCGAUGGCAAGAGACAAAGUCGCACUCCGUGGCCGUGGAGAGCAGAGGCCCGCCACGUCACCAUCGAUGGCUUCCGCGAGCACAUCCUCGCGAAAAACGUCUCGGAUGAUUCGUUCAAAGAGAGCCACGCCAUGGGCAUGGACUACUUGUUCUUCCUCCUCGGCAUCGGCACGACGAACUAUUACCCCAUCGGCGUGGUUCAGGCGCUCCACGACCAGAAGAUUCUCGAGCAGCUCACCAGGCUGCACAUCAUGAAUCCGAUUUUCUCCUGGACGAGGAAGAUGAUGAACGCCCUGAAGCACGCCAUCAGCUUCAUGCUCCACGAGUGCGAUCGGAACGAGUGGGGCCCGACGAGCAGAGCUUUGAACCUCAGGCGCGCGGGCGCCACUCCGCUGAGCGGCUCGCUGCCGACCCCGUGA